GGAAGUGGGUUACAAUUUAGUUGCAAGAUUUGAGGAUACAACAACAACAACAGACAGAUUGAGUUAAUAGAAAGCGUGUAAAGAGAGUUUCAGGGCUCGACAGAUUCCUCCAAUGUCAACGAAUCUGAUUAUUCUUCCACCAGCGGUGGCACGGGAAAACAAUUGCAGGCGUGCGCCUUUGCCCAUUUAGCUUUGCAAGACAAUCGCACCGUUUUCUUUGUUUGAUAACGGAGAAGGGUGAACUUAAUUUGCCAUGAUGGUGGGCGCAUCUGAAACAGAAGAACAACCAAUGUUGAAUUUUCAUUACAAGUAGCAAAUGUGAUUGUGUUGUUGUUGCAUGAGCUCGUUCAUCGAGGAAAGUCUCACCGAGCCCCGAGACUCGUUUGGCGUGUUAUGGGGGGUGUCCUGCCACACGUUCACACAGCGGCCGCCCGAUUCCUCUCAAAUAUUUCCCAUCGCUCGCUUUCCCCCUUCUCUCUCUCUCUCUCUCAACCUCCCCCCCCCCCAACGCAGGGGCCUCAUGCCGCUGACGCUCGACGGGCAGAUCACGAUGGAGAAGACGCCGAGCUAUUUCAUCACGAAGGAGGCCCCCGAGCGGAUCCGCGCGAUGGACGGCGGGCGGACGCGCCUCAUCGUGGUGGUGCGCGACCCCGUGACCCGCGCCAUCUCCGACUACACCCAGACGCUGUCCAAGCGCACGCUGGGCACCGCGUCCUUCGAGGCGCUCGCCUUCCGCAACCGCUCGUCGGGGCUCGUCGAGCCCCAGUGGAGCGCCCUGCGCAUCGGGCUCUAUGCCGACCACCUGGCGCGGUGGCUGAGGGCGUUCCCCCGCGAGCGGAUGCUCUUCGUGAGCGGCGAGAGGCUCGUGUCGGACCCGGCGGGCGAGGUCGGGCGCGCCCAGCGGUUCCUGGGCCUCAAGACGAUCGUCACGGACAAGCACUUCUACUUCAACGCCACCAAGGGCUUCCCGUGCCUCAAGAAGGCCGAGGGCAGCGGGAGGCCCCACUGCCUCGGCAAGACCAAGGGGCGCACGCACCCGAGCGUCGACGCUCGCGCCCUGGUGCGCCUGCGCGACUUCUACCGCCCGUUCAACCUCAAGUUCUACCAGAUGGUGGGGGAGGACUUUGGGUGGGAGUAGCCGCGGUCGCGGCGGCUGCCGGCGGCAACGGGGCAGAGGCGGAAAUGUGAUUUGGGUGGGUGAUUGGGCGAGGGCGCGAUUGGAUGAGUGAGUGGGUGAUUGGGCGAUCGAGAGGUUGGGUGAGUGAGGGAUUGGUUGAGCGGGUGAGCGGGCGCUUGGUCGAGUUAGAGAUUGGGUGAGUAGGCGAAGUGGAUGAGUGAGUGGGUGAUCGAGAGGUUGGGUGAGGGAUUGGUUGAGCGGGUGAGCGGGCGAUUAGUCGCGUUAGAGAUUGGGCGAGGGCGUGAUUGGAUGAGUGAGUGGGUGAUUGGGUGAUCGAGAGGUUGGGUGAGUGAGGGAUUGGUUGAGCGGGUGAGCGGGCGCUUGGUCGAGUUAGAGAUUGGGUGAGUAGGCGACUGGAUG